CGUUUUUAAAAGGUCAUUGUUAAUUUUGCGUGGAAAAUAAUAUAAUAUUUUUGACUUCCUGUAGAUAGAUUAUUCAAUAAUGAAGUACGCAAUUGUAUUGUUUGUGGACGAGGGAGACGCACCAGAUGUGGUUCCCAGAAGUUGGAUUUCUGAAAGUCUGAAGGUAUGCAGAUAUCCACACGUUAAAACGGAAUUUGCAAAAAAAAAACUUGUUUUGGCGUCGGCAAUUCCCCAGGAAAAUUGGCUGGAAUACCAAAUUAAAUUUUUAAAGGAAUUUUCAUCGUACGAUGCGGCGUUGGAUCAUCUCAGUGAUGCCGAGAACCUCUCCCAGGUAGAGUCCUGGACAGGGCAUUCCUCCCUCUCAACGAGGAAGAGGAAGAGAAAAAUAAUCCGCCUACCGGGAGAGAGUAGCUGCAGCGGCAGUGAAGAUGAACUGCUGGCGUUGCCCACGGCGGUCAGCCAGUUAUCGCAACGGUAUCCUUCUCCGCCUCCACCUCUACCAUCUUCCCAAUCCUCCUAUAUUAACAAUCCCCAAAAUUCCCCAAUACCAUCCCCAGAACCAUUGAGGGAACCAACGACAUCAUACGAAACACCCAAUACUUCGAAUGUUAACAAUUCGAGCAGGGUGAAUCAGAAAUUGAUGUGGGAUGCGAUAACUGGCAUAAUGACAAAGCUGGAGGCAAUCGAAAAUAGACAAAUUAUGAUGAUGGCAAUGCUGCAAAGCAAUUCUUCCAACAAGGAGGAUGACGGCAGCGAUAUCUUUGCAGAAUUGCCAGCAUCUAAUUUAGAGACAUUUACGAAAUUGAACGAUAGUUUGAAAAGAGUGUCGUUCAAAAAAAGUCUUGUAAGUAUUACUUACUUUCUUUACUUAUUAGGUAUUACUUGUAUAAGCUCGUAUACCUACUUCCAAAUUAUUUCCAAUUAUUUGUCCCUAAAAUUAAUGACUAAUUUGUUUUAUUCUAGUCCAAAAUUUUAUUAUGUUCCGGUGGGAGGGACGGGCGGGCGCUAACAUUGGCAAUUUUGAGGAAGACCGUGGGGGAUACUUUAGCGGUGGAGUAUUCCCUCACGGGAAGAGGAAAAAAGAGGCCGUUCGAGCAAUUGCCAUUAUUUUCGUUUAUAAUGGGUAAGUGAUUAUAGCAAAUUUCAUUAUACCUUGUGAUGCAUGUCAGUUUGCAAUAUAUAUUGCAUAUGGUAUAUAUUACCAUAUGGUAAUUUCGG